GCACCGGGGCGUGGAGGCGGUAGCGCGCACGCGCGCAGGAGUCUGGCCCGGGCCGAGCGCGCGGCCCGACUACUGCGGUGACUAGCAUGCAUAUGCCCAUCCUCUGACUUGCUGCCCCUCCACUGACAUGGCCCACCGGGGUGGGGAGAGGGACUUCCAGACUUCAGCUCGGCGCAUGGGCACCUCGCUGCUAUUCCAGCUGUCAGUGCACGAACGGGAGCUGGACCUGGUGUUUCUGGAUCAUAGCUAUGCCAAGCCUUGGAGUGCCCACCCAGAUGCCAGUAGUGCUCGCCCCACCCGCAUGCUCUUUGUCACUCCUCGGAGGCAGCAUGAAAGUACCAUUGAAUCAGAUGUCCCAAUUGAUGUGGAGACGGUCACAUCAACCCCUGUGCCGCUGUAUGACAAUCAGAAGGCACGCAGCGUGAUGAAUGAAUGUGAAAGACAUGUCAUCUUCGCCAGGACAGAUGCCGAUGCCCCUCCCCCACCAGAGGACUGGGAGGAGCAUGUUAACAGGACUGGCUGGACAAUGGCCCAGAACAAGCUAUUCAACAAGAUCCUCAAAGCCCUGCAGUCUGACCGGCUUGCCCGCUUGGCCAAUGAAGGGGCUUGUAAUGAGCCAGUGCUUCGCCGUGUUGCCGUGGACAAGUGUGCGAGGAGAGUGCGGCAGGCUCUGGCAAGCGUGAGCUGGGACACCAAGCUGAUCCAGUGGCUGCACACCACCCUUGUGGAGACAUUGAGUCUGCCCAUGCUGGCAGCCUACCUGGAUGCUUUGCAGACGCUGAAAGGGAAGAUCCCGACCUUGAUUGACCGGAUGCUUGUGUCAUCCAACACAAAAACAGGGGCUGCAGGAGCUGAGGCCUUGUCUCUCCUAUUGAAGAGGCCCUGGGACCCUGCUGUCGGUGUGCUUUCUCAUAAUAAACCAAGCAAACUCCCUGGCUCUCCUCUGAUUCUCAUCGCUUCCUCUGGCCCCUCCAGCUCCGUGUUUCCCACCUCACGCCGCCACCGCUUUUGGCAAUCUCAACUCUCCUGCUUAGGCAAGGUCAUCCCUGUAGCCACCCAUCUGCUGAACAAUGGCAGUGGGGUAGGAGUUCUGCAGUGUCUCGAGCACAUGAUCGGGACAGUGAGAAGCAAAGUGCUGGAGAUUCACAGCCAUUUCCCACACAAGCCCAUAAUCUUGAUUGGCUGGAACACAGGAGCUUUGGUGGCCUGUCAUGUGUCAGUGAUGGAGUACGUCACUGCAAUUGUCUGCCUUGGGUUUCCUCUGCUUACCGUGGAUGGCCCCAGAGGGGAUGUGGAUGAUCCCCUCUUGGAUAUGAAGACUCCAGUCCUCUUUGUCAUUGGUCAGAAUUCCCUGCAGUGUCACCCUGAAGCCAUGGAGGACUUCCGGGAGAAGAUUCGGGCUGAGAACAGCUUGGUGGUGGUUGGGGGAGCUGACGAUAAUCUCAGAAUAAGCAAAGCAAAGAAGAAAUCAGAAGGGUUGACUCAGAGCAUGGUGGACAGAUGUAUUCAGGAUGAGAUUGUGGACUUCCUCACUGGAGUGCUCACUCGCACUGAGGGUCACGUGGGCUCGGAGCCUCGGGACCAGGAUGCUGAGAAGAAGAAGAAGCCCCGUGAUGCAGCCCGCAGAGACCUGGCCUUUGAAGUCCCUGAGCGGGGCAGUCGACCUGCCUCCCCAGCUGCCAAGCUGCCUGCCUCACCCUCGGGCUCGGAGGAUCUCUCCAGUGUGUCCAGCAGCCCUACCUCGAGUCCCAAGACUAAAGUGACCACAGUGACCUCUGCCCAGAAGUCCAGUCAGAUUGGGAGCUCUCAGCUGCUAAAGAGACAUGUACAGCGGACAGAAGCUGUGCUGACCCACAAACAAGCCCAAGCACAGUUUGCUGCUUUUCUGAAACAAAAUAUGCUGGUGAGGAAAGCUCUUCCUCCUGGCACCUCCUCCUGUCUCUUUGUUCCCAUUUCAUCGGAACCAACAGAGGAAGCAGAGAAAGAGGAUCUUAGGGUCCAGCUGAAGCGGCAUCAUCCCUCAAGUCCUCUUCCUGGCAGUAAGACCUCCAAGCGACCGAAGAUCAAGGUGUCCCUUAUCUCCCAAGGGGAAACAGCUGGAGGGCCUUGUGCUCCUUCCCAAGGAGGAGCUCCAGAAGCGGCAGGUGGGAAACCCAUCACCAUGACACUGGGGCAGGCUUCUGCAGCGGCCAAGGAGCUCACAGGACUUCUUACCACAGCCAGGUCGAGUGCUUCUGAAGGUGGAGUCUCAGCCAGCCCAGCCCCUUCAGUGGUGGCAAGCAGCACUGCGCCCAGUGCUUUGCACACCAUCCAGAGCCGCUUGGUGGCCACCUCUCCUGGUAACUCCCUCCCAGGGGCCACAUCAGCCAGCAGCCUCCUCCAAGGCCUCAGCUUCAGCUUGCAGGAUAUCAGCAGCAAGAGCUCUGGCCUCCCAGCAAAUUCUUCCCCAGGGCCAGUCCCACAGGCCACCAGUGUGAAGUUGCCCACCCCCAUGCAGAGCCUGGGUGCCAUCACCACGGGCACCAGCACCAUUGUCCGUACCAUUCCUGUGGCCACCACUCUCUCCUCCUUGGGUGCCACUCCUGGUGGGAAGCCCACAGCCAUCCACCAGCUGCUGACCAAUGGGGGCCUCGCUAAGUUGGCAAGCAGCCUCCCUGGCCUGGCUCAGAUCUCUAACCAAGCAUCAGGCUUGAAGGUCCCCACCACUAUUACUCUGACACUCCGUGGCCAGCCGAGCAGAAUCACCACACUGAGCCCCAUGGGCUCAGGAGCAGCCCCGUCUGAGGAGCCCACCUCCCAGGUGCUGCCCUCCAGCUCACAGCGCCUGCCCCCAGCACCCUGAAGAUGCCGUGUGAUAUGUCCUCCUUACCAGGUUGGUGAUGCCUGCCUCACGGUGGGCCCUGGACACAUGCGUGGUCCUGCUGAGCUGUCCAUGUGUCUGAAGACCUCUUUAAGACAGUCAUUUUUGCCUCUCUGCCAACUUUCUUCAGGGGUUAGGCCUUUGGGUCUUCAGAGAAACCAUGAGGUUAGGUGAUACAGCGCCAGCAAAGGAAGCACCGUCCUCAAGGACCUGCAAGUCCGGCUCCAGAAUCCCCAGCCUCCCCAGCAGACCUAGCUGUGCACGGAUCGGAGUGCACUUCCUCCCCUGCUCAAGCUGAGGUUUAACGCUAGUGUCAGGGUUGGACUGAGUGCUACAUUUAUUGAAGGAGUUUCCUUUUGCAAGUCUGUGCUACUCCGUGUCCAGUUGAGAAGAGACGUCCACAUGGCCUGGGGCUGCAGGAGUUAGGAUUGAGAGCCUUUGCUAAGGACUGAGCUUGUCCUGGCUUGCUGGCUGGUGGCUCAGAGCCAAAAGGGAUUGUUUUAGAUAUCACUGUUGGCUUCACUGAGCAGCCAUAGGAGAGUAUUCCCCAUGCAACUCCCCAUCAGAAACCACAUCAGAUACUGAGUAGCCUGCUGAGACUUGGGAACUUAGCGAUUUUUGUGUUUUAUGAUGAAGGCAAAGAGAACGGGCUGUCAUCUUUCAGCCCCUUCGGCUUACUGUAGAUGUGGGAAGCCAUGGUUGCCAGGAGGUGAAAGCUGGUCCCUUUCUUUGUUUUAGCAUGCUUUGGGCAAUUCCUACAUCCAGAGAGUUUUCAGGUCCAGGUAGGCUGAAGAAGAGGCAUGGAACAGCAACAGAAGUGGUUUAAAGGAUGUGCCAGUAAGCCCUGUGGUGAAAACAGUUUGGGUUUGGGUCUCUGCAUCUGGCACCUCAGGAACUGGUGAUUCUGCUGGAGAUGAGAAGAAUUUGCCAAGUCAGAGGGAAGAAAGCUCAACACCUGAAAGUCCUGUCUCCAGUAUCUGGAGGUGAAGUUGGGAAAACAAGCUACAUAGUGUCUUGGUCUUCACAGGAAACUUAGGGCAUCAGAAUGACAAAGUUCUUGGUUCACUGUUUUUGUUUCUGAGAAUUUUUGUCUUUUGACUUAGAGGUGGGAAGAUUAUUGGCAGUGACUGUACUAUGCCAGGGCUAUUGCUACUAGCCUGAGCCCUGUAGGUGGUAAUCUCUGGAGAAGUGGUCACCAAAGAUGGAGCUCUGAGCUUUCUCAUUACCUCUUCACAACACUUGGUGCAAAGGUAGUUUUAGAUUUAUCUUGGAACUUAUCCUCCAGAGCAGGCUUCCUUCCCUUCUAUAAUGUUUCCAGUCAAGGUGAUACACAGGGCAACCCAAGUGUGAUCUGCUUAGUGUCCUUUUCUAUAGGCAGGGAGGGCCCACAACAUGGCUCAAAUUGUGGUCCAUGGUCCUGACCCAUGUUGCUGUGUGUAUCUACACCAGACCCCUUGUGUUCAGUCCAGUCAGAGGUAGCCAGGAGGAAGCGCACAGUGUGCAGGAAUUUCAGUUGCAGUCGGUCAGGAGGAGGCUGUGUGGUAGGAGUAGAGGGAGAUCCUAUACCAAACCUUCCCUCCCUGACCUGAAGAGCUGGUCUCAGCAGUAAUUCACACAGAAUUAGGCUACAUUUUUGCAUUAGCUGGUAAGUAACUUUCUGAAAUUCAGGAGGUAUUUCAUAAAUUUGAGGAAGGUAUGAAAUUUGAAAGAGGCAUCCAGGAUUUAAGAGUUUGAUAGCUUUACAGAUAGGAUCAUAACACACCAAAAGAUCAGAGGACAGUAAGGCUGUAUGAAGCUAUGUGGAGCUUUUAGGAAUCAUUUAGGACAGACAGAAGGUCCUAAACAACCCAUUCCUGACUUAGGAAAGCAGCCUAGACAACACUGGAGGGGCUGCUCCUGAAAGAUGCUGGUCAGGUGUAUGCUGGGGCCAAAAAGAAACUAAGAAAUUGACCAGGCUUUGUGGUAAAUCCUAGUGCACCUCCUGUGAAUGACUUCCUAAGGCUUGGGCUAUACACCUUGAAGAACUCCAGAACUGUGGAGAAGGGAGCUGCGAGAACAUUGGUGGUUCUGCACCUUGAGGGACAGGCGAACAGGGGAAGUGGUUGAAGUUUAUCAAGUCAUGUUCCCCAAUUCCCUUCUCAAACCACACUUCUUGAAAUGAAAAAGGAAGCUUUACCUAUCUCAUAGCAGAACUGGAAUCUAUAACCUCAGAAGGUGAUUUUAUUGGUGAAAAUGUAGAAGUAUCAAGAAGGCCAUACAUUCUUGGAUGACAGAUGCAUGUUGAUGCCUUAUGGAAGAUAUCCCUGGGCUUUGAGAAGAGGUUACUGAGGAAGAUCUUUCUGCUCUUGGUCCCAGCGCUAGAACAAUCUUGGGAUGGAUGGGGUUAUAGAGCUGAGCCCUUACGGCAGUUCUGUUCUUACCGUUAGCAAAAACAAUUAAAAAAAGCCAAAAAACCAC